UAUAUUUUCAGGGAGUGAGGGAGCCGAUUUCGGAGUCUUCUCAAUUUCUGUUUGUUUCUUCUCUCUGUAGCUGAAAAUGAAGGCUUCGUUGUUCAGAUCUGCAGAAGCUGCUCUAAGGAGGGUCUCAUCCCCCUCCGCAUCUUCGCAUCUACUCCGCCGAUCUUACUGCGUGGAAUCCAAGCCAGAACGCAAGGUCGCCGUUCUUGGAGCCGCCGGCGGCAUUGGACAGCCCCUUGCCCUCCUCAUGAAGCUCAAUCCUCUUGUCUCCUCGCUCUCUCUCUACGAUAUCGCUGGUACUCCUGGCGUGGCCGCUGAUGUCAGCCACAUCAACACUCGUUCCCAAGUCGCGGGGUACAUGGGCGACGAUCAGCUAGGGCAAGCCUUGGAGGGAGCAGAUUUGGUGAUUAUUCCAGCCGGUGUUCCAAGAAAGCCUGGUAUGACUCGUGACGAUCUGUUCAACAUCAAUGCCGGAAUUGUGAAGUCCUUAUGCACUGCCAUUGCCAAGUACUGUCCCAAUGCAUUGGUUAAUAUGAUAAGCAACCCUGUGAACUCGACUGUGCCAAUUGCUGCUGAGGUUUUCAAGAAGGCUGGAACUUAUGAUGAGAAGAAGCUGUUUGGUGUGACUACACUAGAUGUGGUUAGGGCUAAGACCUUCUAUGCUGGGAAGGCCAAGGUCCCAGUUGCUGAGGCCAAUGUACCAGUUGUUGGUGGUCACGCAGGCAUAACGAUCCUUCCACUCUUUUCUCAAGCCACACCGAAAUCCAACAAUUUGUCAGAUGAAGAUAUUGUGGCUCUAACAAAACGAACACAAGAUGGAGGGACAGAGGUUGUGGAAGCCAAGGCUGGAAAAGGAUCUGCAACCCUCUCAAUGGCAUAUGCUGGAGCAGUCUUUGCAGAUGCUUGCUUGAAGGGUCUUAAUGGCGUUCCAGAUGUAGUUGAAUGCUCUUUUGUUCAAUCAACCAUUGUUCCUGAUUUGCCUUACUUUGCCUCUAAGGUAAAGCUUGGAAAGAAUGGUGUGGAAGAGGUCCUUGGGUUGGGUCCUUUGUCGGACUAUGAGAAACAAGGUCUUGAAAGCCUCAAACAUGAGCUCAAAGCCUCAAUUGAGAAGGGAAUCAAAUUUGCCACUCAAAGUUAAGUGUUUGAAUUGUACAAGGCUUGUGGGUGCCAUUAUCACAAGCAUUUAUUUCAGAAUUCAUCACAGUUUUGUUUGUCACUAUUUAUGUGUACUUGGGGGAACCAUUUGCCUGUUGUAGCUACGGGACCAGCUAAAUCUGCUGAGGACUAAGCUUUAUUGACUCGAGAGCACAAUAAUAAGUUUUAGCGGCCAUCUUUAUUGUGUUCUUGUAAUAAAAGUUCAUUGCAUACUGGAUCAACAUGAUCCUUCAUUCAGGUUUAUUAAUCAAUUACUCCACUGGCCACAUAGUCUCCAGUGAAUCAAAGUGAUAGGAUGUGAAAUGGAACAAGUUCGUUCUUGAUUUGUUAAA